CCCACUUAGCUGCCCCGCGCUCCCUGCGUUUCAAUAAGUCAAGACUAAAUUGGGGCAACGGAGACGACAACGCUUGUGAUACUUUUCCUAAUGGUACCUUAAUUUAAUCCCUUCUUCGGACUUAAACCUCUUCACAAUAGGACAAUAGGACAAACUCAAGAUGGCUACCUCUUUAGAAACCGUGGAGUCCUUUGUAGAGGGUGCACCCCCUGGCGAGCUCGCAGAUGUCAUAAACGAUAUCAAGGCUCUAACCUUCAACGAACCCGAUAUUGUCUCUAGACUAGGACCCGCGUUCGAGAGGUACAACGAGGAGCAAUUCGUCACCGCCAAGCUGCCCGGCAGCAGCCAACAAGUUAUCAUCAGCUCGCAUAGCUCCCUCGGUAACGGACGAUACUACGAUGUUGAGAGCUCGUCAAGCUUCGCCUUCGACCACGUCACCCAGAAAGCGAGCAACGUCCAGAGCCACGUGCUAGAAGGACCCCAGGCAGAUUUAGUGAAGUCGACACUAAAAAGCGUCUCGGCAUACGUUAAGGAGCACUUCCCGAGCGGUUCGUAUGGCGUGUACUCGAUCGAGGGCGACUCCAAGGUCGCCGUUAUAAUCGUGGCCAACAAGUACAGCCCGAACAACUACUGGAACGGCCGUUGGCGCUCCCUCUACAUAUUCGACCCUUCGAGCAGCAGCAUCGAGGGCAGCGUCAAAGUCGACGUGCACUACUACGAAGACGGCAACGUGCGCCUACUCACCAACAAGCCCAUCACCGCAUCCGUGUCAUCAGGCACCGGAGCCGGCAUCGCCAAGGAGAUCAGCGCUAGUGAGCGCAAGUACCAAGAGGAACUGAACAGAGGAUUCACGAGCCUAAGCGAAGGCGCCUUCAAGGGCCUGCGGAGACAGUUGCCCGUCACGCGCCAGAAGAUCGAGUGGGAUAAGGUCGCGAGUUACCGUGUCGGACAGGAUAUUGGAGGGGCUGCUAGAAGAUAGUAGUGACGGGGAGGAAAGGUGCUGUUAGAUGUUUUGUUGGAGGUGUGAUGUGGAAUAUCGGUCGACCCCGGUGAGGCCCGGAGUGUUGUAUUUGCUUAGCCAGCCUGAGUAAUUUAGCGUAGCAUAUGCUGAACAAGGACGUCUUGAUGAAUACGAAGGAUGAGUAGAGUUUAUGUCUCGAAUAUUUGCCCAAGGGACUUGCAAGUUAGAUGAAAUCCAUGUUGCAUAUUUUAUUUCACCACUACAGGUGCUUAGGUUUCUACAUACACCUCUAGACGAUCAGACGCGAAUGCACUUAACUGGGCAGAAAAGAGC